CCAAGAGCAGUACAUACUUAUGGAUUUUCCUGUAGUGCUUGUGGUUUGUCCUUAAAAAAAAAACAGAUAAGUAAAAUGUUUCUUUCUUCUGUGACCCAAUAACAUAAUUUAAGAAGAAGAUAAGCCUUAUGUUAAGAUCGAUAGUUAACCUAAAAAUUUCGAAAAUGAAAAAUUUUUGUAUCAGCUGAAGUAAAAUAUAUAUAAGUAAUGAAUAUUCAGAGGAACCUACAAGUAAAUUACAAAAUUUACAAAGAAUUCGAGGACAUUUUGAACUCUUAUGUGUCUGACUACUAUCUGGAGAACCAUUGGGAAAAAUUACCAAAAUCAUGGCAAAACCACUUUUCGGAUAUCGAAAUGAAACCUCUAAGCCAAUUCCUGAAUUUUUCUAUACCUACUAGAUCUCUAGAAGAUAAAAUAUAUCCUUUGGCAUUACUGUGUUUACGUGAAUUAGUGAUUCGUAACAGUAUACCAAGAAGUGAAAUGAAGUUGGCCCCUCUCUUUGCAUUCAAAACCGAUGAUGACUUCAUGAACUUCUUUUGGAAAAACGUGAAACUGAAAAAAAGGCACGAGAUAACCAGAUUAGCUCAAAAAUGUUACGAAUCUGCCGAAAAGACCAACUGUUUUCACAUAGUAGAUGUUGGAUCAGGUUUGGGGCAUCUGAGUCGAAUGAUGGCCUUUGGAUAUGGCCUCAAAGUGUGUACGUUUGAAGCAGACGAGUCCCUGUCUAAACAAGCUCAAGAGUUAGACAGGGUAUUCAAAAAUAAACUGGAUAAAAGGAAUAUUCUCUACCAGGGAAAGUUUGAAACUGUUCACCUGAAUCACAGUAUAACGAGAGAUUUUGUGAAAGAAAAGUUCCUGCAAGAGGUUAUUGAAGCUUUUGGUGGCAGUUCAGAUUUGAGAUUUGGUAUUGUCGGGUUACAUCCUUGCGGUGAUUUAGGAUCCUUGCUCUUAAAACUGUACAGUGAUUGUUCUAAUAUCACUUUCAUCAACAUGGCAAGCUGCUGUUAUAUGAGAAUGACUUUGGAACCUGCACCCUUUUCUAGUUUCCCAAUGAGUAAGUAUUGCAGUGACGAAAACUACAUGCUUUCAUAUUUAUCUUGUGAAAUUGCCUGCCACUCUAUCGAAACCUAUGCUGAAAAGCUGAGCAACUCCGAAGAAUACAAUAAAUUGAAAAUACACUCUUACAGAGCACUCCUCGAAAAAAUUUUAGUAUCAAUAGAUCCAAAAUUAGGUCAUUCCAUGGUCCCAGGAGUGAAAUAUAAGGAAGAUUUAACUUUUUCAAGGUACAUUGAGAAAGUAAUGCAAAAAAUGAACAUUAAUCCUCCUCAGCAUAUGGUUUCUCUUUGUGAAUCAUUAAUGAAUAAAACUUGGAAAAAAGUUAUAGUAUUUUAUUCGCUUAGACUGUUUUUGGCUCCUCUAGUUGAAACGAUCAUUCUUCUAGACCGCUUGUUAUUUUUAAAAGAGCAAGGAAGUGAUUGUGCAAUCCUACCUCUGUUUGAUUGUACUGUGUCUCCAAGGAACCAAGUUAUUACUGGUUCGAAAAUAAAUGCUAACUGACCUA